UUCGAACUCUAAUGUUAAUCAUUCCAUUUGUCUUAUUGGUUGAUUUUAAAAAUAAAUCGGGUGUCUUGUUGGUUCAAUCGUUUAAAAACUGGACUUUGUUGAAGCUCAUCGCAGGUUCGAAUCCUGUGUUGGUGCAUGCCAUUCCUCUCCGUUCCAGUUGGGUAAUGACUUGUGCUUAUGCACCAAGUGGAUCAUUUGUUGCUUGUGGUGGUUUAGACAAUAUUUGUAGUAUUUAUUCGUUAAAAACUCGUGAGGGAAAUGUUCGGGUCAGUCGUGAAUUGCCUGGACAUACAGGAUAUCUCUCUUGUUGCCGUUUUCUAGAUGAUAAUCAAAUUGUUACUUCUUCUGGUGAUAUGACUUGUGCUCUCUGGGAUAUCGAAACAGGCCAACAAUUAACGACAUUUACUGGACAUACAGGGGAUGUAAUGUCACUUUCUCUGUCUCCAGAUAUGCGUACAUUUAUUUCUGGGGCUUGUGAUGCUUCUGCAAAACUUUGGGAUAUUCGUGAAGGAAUGUGUAAACAAACUUUUCCUGGACACGAAUCUGACAUUAAUGCUGUUUCGUUCUUUCCUAAUGGACAUGCUUUCGCUACUGGCUCAGAUGAUGCUACUUGUCGACUUUUUGACAUUCGAGCAGACCAAGAGUUGGCCAUGUACUCGCAUGACAAUAUAAUUUGCGGAAUUACCAGCGUUGCCUUCUCCAAAUCUGGACGUCUACUCUUUGCUGGUUAUGACGAUUUUAAUUGUAAUGUUUGGGAUUCUAUGCGUCAAGAACGAGCUGGUGUUUUGGCAGGGCACGACAAUCGUGUUUCUUGUUUGGGCGUUACUGAUGAUGGAAUGGCUGUUUGUACUGGUUCCUGGGACAGUUUCUUAAAAAUUUGGAAUUGAGUUAAAAAUAAAUUAAAGGAGGUUUGAUUUGAAUAAAAAUUUGUUUUCUCGUUUUUUUUGACAGCAAAUCUCUCUCUUAAAAUUUUUUUAAAUCUCUCUUUUCUUUCAUC